UAAAUAAAUAUAUCCUCCUUCUUCACGUUGUAGUAGUAACGUAACACACAACCUUCAACCACUCACGUACUACUACAAACAAAGAAACCACUUCUCUCUCUUUCUCUCAAAAGUCCUCAAAUUUUGUUUAAGAAAUAGAGAGUAAAAAUGUCGGUAAACCACACAAUACAAGAAACAACAUCACUAUGGUGGAAUCAACAACAACAAAGAACUCAACAAGAUGCAGAAGAAGCUGAAAUAGAAGAUGAUGUGGUUUUAGAAUCAAUAAUGAAACUAAAAACAACAGAAGCAUCAUCAGAAGAAGAAGAAGAAGAGAAAGAAGCGAUGUUUGAGAAACCAUUAACACCAAGCGAUGUAGGGAAGUUGAACCGACUCGUUAUUCCAAAACAACAUGCUGAGAGAUAUUUCCCACUAGACUCAGAAGAAAUCAAAGGCUUGUUACUGAGUUUCGAGGAUGAGUCAGGUAAGUGUUGGAGGUUCCGGUAUUCGUAUUGGAAUAGUAGUCAAAGCUAUGUUCUUACAAAAGGUUGGAGUCGUUAUGUUAAAGAUAAACGUCUUGAUGCUGGUGAUGUUGUUUUGUUUCAAAGACACCGUAUACAUCCUCAAAGGUUGUUUAUCUCAUGGAGGCGCCGCCAUGGUAGUAACUCUACUCCACCGGCUCAUGUUAGCAGAUCCAUCUCUAGUAGUAGUACUCACGGCAAUGUUCCUAUGGGGUGGUCCAGAGAACUCUAUCCUGCGCAUCCUUAUCCUACUCAUCAUCAUCCCUUGUCAUACCAUGCAGGUGAAGGGUCCCAAAGUCAGAACACAGCCACACCUUGUGGAAAUAGUUCGAGUACUUCCAGGGUGCUGAGGCUGUUUGGAGUGAACAUGGAAUGCCAACCUGAUAAUAAUAUUAAUAUUAACAAUAUUAAUGAUUCUCAAACUUUGUCACAAGAUUGCUCUUAUAAUAACAUGUCAUCAACACAAGGCACAGCUAUCCCACAAUUCUACCACCACCUCCACCGUCAACCUCCUUCAAAUCCUCACCAUCACAUGCUACGUCAACAACCAUAUUAGAUUCAAUCAAUUUCUAUAAGACUAGUCAAGACAUGCUCCCUCUCCUAACUAGAUUCUCUCUCUUUUUCUUUUCUCUAAGCUUUAGGGUUAAGGUAUCCCUUUAAUUAAUUUUAAUUAUUAUAACUAAUGACUAUGUCAUUGACAUGAUCAACUGAUCCAUGAAAGGAACCUUUCUCAAUUUAUUAGUAUAUUUAGUUUCACGUUGAAGAUUGUAGAGGAUCUUUCUUGUCUUAAAUUCAGGAGAUGCAUGUAAAUGGAAAUAGCUUGUUUAUUUCUUUCAUAAGAUUUUCUUGUUCCCUAUCAAUCAAGCAAAUAUUAAUUA